UUUACCAUCUUUAUUCCGAAGAGCAAUCAUUGGUAGGUGGCCAUUUGCAAAGUCGGCACGUCUGAAAAGCUUCUGAAUUCAAAUUGCGCGGGAUUUUUUUUUUUAAUAAUGAAUCUAAGGCUGCAUGCGUUUAUGUGUCAGAUGUUGUGGAUAUUUACAGUUUUGAAUAGCAAGGCUGUGACAGGUGCUCCGGGUUAUGGAAGAAAUUUGAUAAUUAAAGCUUUACCGCCAAUUGAGGACUACCAGAGCAAUGUCUAUGAAGUUAUAAUGGAGCCAUAUCUCUAUGGGCUCGGCGAACCGUAUCCAAUCACCGGCGACCGCAGCGAGAAGCAGAUCGACCUGGCAGGUUACAGAACACACGGCCUUCAAGCAAUUGCCUACCUUAAAGCUGACGAAGGCUCAGGGGUAGAAGGCACACUCAUCUUCACUCAGGUGGUCCCUAAUGGACCUGUGACCAUAGAGGGCAACGUGACCGGCCUGUCUCCGGGUCUACAUGGUCUCCAUAUACACCAAGCUGGCUCUAUUAAAGACGAUUGUCUAAAUAUUGGACCGCAUUUCAUUGCGUAUUAUGGUCGUCACGGCGGCCCCAGAGACCAAAUUCGCCACGUCGGCGAUCUUGGCAACAUAAAAGCUGAAGAAAACACCAUUCUAAACGUCAAAAUAGUGGACCAUUUAAUAUCACUCGCUGGCCCCAGGUCUAUAGUAGGCAGAGCGAUAGCUGUAUCCAGCAGUGAAGACGAUUAUGGUAGAGCUGGUACAGAAGAUAGUGCGGUUAAUGGUACAUCUGGGCCAGCUGUCGCUUGUGGAGUUAUUGGUUACUUUCAUUGAUUUUCGUUAAUGGCAAUAUUAUGAACGGCACGAUCCUACAUCGCGCUAUUGAAGUGUUUCUUAAUUUAUUUCCCAACAACAUCAAUUAGGAACCAGUUUAAAUGCCUGUUUUGGAUUUGUUUCAUAUAGUCUAAUAUAUUUUGGUAUAAUUAUAUCCUUGAAACAUAUAGAGCGCUGUCAAGGGACGAAGCUCAUUACAUUAUAAAAACAUUUUUAGGAUAAUUUUUGAAAUAAACAAUAUUUUUAAAGAGUUGUUUCUUGUAUCCCAGCAUGCGAUUUAAUAAAGAAAUAAGAAUUACAUUAAAUAAAACAAAAUAACUCAUUAUAUCUCCAUAUAAUUCCAGAUGUAUAAAAAAACAAAGAAACAAAAUACAUGACCACAGCAACAAUAUAAAAAUGCUCUUAAAUGUAUGUAAAAAUAAUAUUCCAUCACUGGUUUCCAAAAGACUAUACAACAACGGGAAGCUCUUACAAAGUUACAUUAUCUGUGCGUUGAUAAAAAUAUUAUUAAAACUGUAUAAAGAACACUUAUUCAUAACAGUCACCACUCAAUAACUUAAAGUAACGUAAUUAUGUAAAUAGCAUUUAAUAAAUAUUUAUUGCUCUUACAACACGCAAUCGUAGUACCUCCCAUUUUAUUAUU